GUCCUGGGGUCUCGUUGCGAUUCCGCCCCGCUUACUCGAAAAGAGGGGUAACAGCGUCAACAAGCAGAAUAAUAAAAAGCGUUUAUCGAGUGCUACACGCCAGGCAGGCUCUCUUUUUAUAGUAAAUUUAUUAUUAAUUUUAAUAAAAUGAUAGUGUCAAGCCUCUGAGCCCAAGCCCAGCCAUUGCAUCCCCUAUGACUUGCACGUAUACAUCCAGAUGGCCUGAAGUAACUGAAGAGCCACACAAGAAGUAAAAAUAGCCUUAACUGAUGACAUUCUACCAUUGUGAUUUGUUUCUGCCCCACCCGAACUGAUCAAUGUACUUUGUAAUCUCCCCCACCCUUAAGAAGUUUCUUUGUUCUUCUCCCCACCCUUGAGAAUGUACUUUGUGAGAUCCACCCCUGCCUGCACAACAUUGCUCUUAACUUCACCACCUAUCCCAAAACCUAUAAGAACUAAUGAUAAUCCACCACCUUUUGCUGACUAUCUUUUCGGACUCAGCCCGCCUGCACCCAGGUGAAAUAAACAGCCAUGUUGCCCACACAAAGCCUGUUUGGUGGUCUCUUCACACGGACGCGCAUGAAAUUUGGUGCCGUGACUCGGAUCAGGGGACCUCCCUUGGGAGAUCAAUCCCCUGUCCUGCUCUUUGCUCCGUGAGAAAGAUCCACCUACAACCUCAGGUCCUCAGACCGACCAGCCCAAGAAACAUCUCACCAAUUUCAAAUCCAAACUUCACUACAUGACCAGAUCCCA